AUCAAAACAUCAAAUCAAAACAAAGCUCAAAGCCCUGCUCAUCAAUGGACACAGACUUUUUGACACAGGAGGACGUUGAUGGUGUCAGAUUCUCAUGGAACGCCUUUCCCACCACGAGAAUAGCGCAGUCCCGCCUGGCGGUUCCACCCGGAGUGCUGUACACUCCUCUUAGACCUCGAGACGACCUGCCUACUGUGACUGCGGACCCGGUGGUGUGCCGUAAGCCGUGUGGUGCUGUGCUGAACCCAUAUGCCCAGAUCAACGGUAACACCUGGAUAUGUCCGGUUUGUUACAGCCCAAACCCACUGCCAGCCACGUAUACUGAGCACUUGGCGACCGUGUGCGAUCCACAGAGUACAACGUUGGAGUAUAUCAUGCCACGCACAAAUGCGAGCGGCGGCCCUGUCUUUGUAUUUGUCAUCGAUACCUGUGUCAGUGCUGACGACUUCGAGGCCCUGCGUGAAAGUAUCAUGGUGACUAUCAAUCUGAUUCCUCCAGAUGCUGCUGUGUCGAUCAUAGCGUACGGCAAAGACGUCAGACUGUUCGAAUUGGAGUCCGAUGGGAUGUGCUCAUACGCUUUCAACGGUAAGAGAACAUAUACACACGAGGAGAUCUGUCGUAACUUGGGAUUCCUGUCUUCAAAGUUGCACAACCCUCACCUGGCCAAUUCAACGGCGCAAAAGUUUGUCCAGCCGGCUGCAAUGGCAGAGUACAGCUUCGAAUUGAUCAUCGAGGGCUUAAAACGUGACUCAUGGAGAUACAAACCCUCAGAUCGUCAGUUGAGAUGUACUGGAACUGCGUUGGCUGUGGCAUCAAGUUUGCUAAGAGCUGCUUGCCGCAAACGUGGUGCACAUAUCCUACUGUUCAAUGGUGGCCCGUGUACUUAUGGCCCUGGAUUGAUUGUUGGCCAAAAGUUCAAGGAACCAAUUAGAUCGCAUCACUUGAUCGAAGCUAAAGAGGCAAAGCACUACAACGCUGCAAAGGCUUAUUACAAAAAACUAGCACAUGAGUGCACGGAGAAUGGUACAGUGGUGAAUAUCUUCAUAGGAGCCUAUGACCAAGUUGGUCUCUUAGAAAUGGAGGAAUUGUGCGAUGAAACAGGUGGUGUUAUUGUCCUGUCAGAUUCGUUCACUACGUCUAUUUUUAAGCAGUCAUUACAGAGGUUCCUCCAAACGGACCAUAAUGAUCAACUGGCCAUGGGAUUGAACUCAACACUUGAGGUGAAAACUUCAAAGCAUUUGCGCAUCUCUGGAUUCUUGGGUCACGGUAUCUCACUAAACAGAGACGAUCACUUUGUUUCAAAAUCGAAUAAAGUAGGAAUCUCCGGCACAAGCUCCCUGAAACUGUCCAGUUUAAGACCCAAUAACACUUAUGCCGUGAUCUUUGAUUGUGAAAAUGGACAGGAUAGGGAUGCUUAUGGACAGGUUGAAUACGCAACCAUACAAUUCAUAACGUACUACUAUCAUCCAGAUACCACGACAAGGUUAAAAGUGACAACUGUGAGAAAACCAAUGAACGCUGUAGACUUGGCAUGGUCCUUUGACCAAGAAGCUGCAGCAGUGUUGGUUGCUCGUAUGGCAAUAAACAAAGUACUUAGAGAGGAUGUUGCAGACGUUAUUCAGUGGAUAGAUCAAACACUAACAGGGCUGAUGAAAUCCUUUGCAGAAUAUCACAAGGGUGAUCCGGCCAGUUUCCGUUGUCCAUCACAGUUUACACUGUUCCCACAGUUUAUGUACCAUUUAAGAAGAUCACAGUUCUUACAACUGUUCAACAAUUCACCUGAUGAAACUGCAUUUUACAGACACGUUUUCAACACAGAAGAUACAAACAACUCACUGAUUAUGAUCCAGCCAACGCUCAUGGCCUUUGAACAGGGCGCAGAGGAAGGUGAACCUGUCCUAUUGGACUCCCUAUCCAUCCAACCAGAACGUAUUCUGUUGUUGGAUACAUUCUUCCAUAUCCUUAUCUUCCAUGGCGCAACAGUGGCUGCGUGGAGACAAGCCGGCUAUCAAGACGAUCCAGAGUACGAGUCUUUCAAAGAAUUUUUGGAACAGCCUCGUAUCGAAGCAGCGUCAUUAUUGGUGGAUAGAUUCCCACUACCUAGAUUUAUCGAUACAGAAGAUGGUGGUUCACAGGCAAGAUUUCUCUAUUCAAAAUUAAACCCUACAAAGACCUACAACAGUGCAAACUUGGGAGACACAGGUGCUACUAUUCUCACCGACGAUGUCAACUUGCAGAGCUUUAUGGAACAGCUACAAAAACUGGUUGUAUUUUAA